GACUCCUCCAGAUUCCAGGAACGCCGAGUGGGAACGUGUGAACACAUACGACGAAAUUAAAUAUAGGUUCAAGCUUCUAAAAAAACGAUCAAACGAACAUGCCUAGUAAAAAGAAGAAAUAUAACGCCAGGUUCCCCCCGGCAAGGAUUAAGAAGAUAAUGCAGACGGAUGAAGAAAUAGGAAAAGUAGCAGCUGCUGUUCCUGUGAUUAUCUCACGGGCCCUUGAACUCUUUCUGGAAUCCCUCUUGAUAAAAGCCUGCCAGGUCACACAGUCACGCAACGCCAAGACCAUAACAAUCUCACACUUAAAGCAGUGUAUCGAGCUGGAGCAGCAGUUUGACUUCCUCAAGGACCUGGUUGCAGCCGUUCCAGAUGUACAGGCAGACACAGAGGACAGCCACACCGAAGGAGGGGACAGGGGAUGCCACAGGGGUGGAAAGCCUGUUUCUGGCCGGAAGAAUGGAGGUGUUGGCACCAAAGGCAAGGAGAAGAAACAGUCAGGAACGGAGUCCGAGCAAGAGGAUGACUCAGAGGAAAGUGAGACAGAGGAGGAUGAGGAAGAGGAAGGAUCCCAGUCAAGCACAAACAUGCAAGCUGCCUGCCAAUUUAAUAGCUCCAGCGUUGGCCCCAAUGGAGUGACUCAGUAUGACCACAUGAGGGCAGCUCAAGGUCUGGCUCUGUCCCUGGGGAACUGUACCCCCAUGAACCCAACAUUAUUGCAUGCUGUGCCCAUCCUGCCUGCACACCAUGGGAAUAGUGAUGAUGAUGAUGAAGACUAUGAUUGCUAGCUACCUCUGCCUCCUGUUCCUGUUUUAUCCUAUUUGUUUUAAUUAUACUACACUAGGUUUUGUAAGGAGCCAGUACCCUCAAGAGUGAGAGCCCUACAGGCUGGGAGACAUCAAUGCCCUGUUCUCUGUGCUGAUGAAUAGCAGUUUUUGUAGCAUGUAUGUUUUUAAAAUAUAUAUUUUAUUGCUGAAAAAUGAGUUUAGCCUGUGUUAAGCAGAAGGCCUGACACAAGAAACCCAAAGACUGGCCUGAGGUACCAUCCACCUUCAUGGUUUCACUCACCUCAAGGAUGUUGUGUCCCUCCAAGUUGACUGGAACAUUAGAGUUCUUUAGCAGCUGAUGCGAUUCUGCAAGAGGCACUUGGAAAAAAAGGUCUAAUUUUAUGCUGUUUGUGAGCAGAAUGUUGGGACAAGCCGUGACACAUAGGUUAGCAGGGACAGCGAAGCACAUGUGAGAGAGUCCAGCUGAGCUGAUGCUGAAGAGAGCAGCCUGGGUUGUCCCGUUGGAUGUGCGCAAAGUGGCCGUACCGAAGACUGUUUUUCUGAUUCUUAUGUUGUUGGGGGUGGGACUGCAGAUUAUAAAUUCUCUGUUUUGAAGAGAUGCCGUGCUGAUGCCCCCCCCUUCAUGUCAGGUGGCCAGAUUGAACCCAUCUCAGUGCUGAAGAGAAAUAGCAGUGAUGGAGCAUUUCUACAGUAGCGUGGUCCUAAGGUCCCCCUUCAGCAGUGACCUCUAUCACUGUGUCUGUUUGGAAAUCUGCGCUCUUGGGAGACUCAUCGAAUUCAUUGUUUCGACAGAAAGGUUUUUUGAUCAUCAUUACGUUUUACAACAACAGUCACCUUUUGUUUUAAAAAAAAAUUGCCACAUAUUUUAGGUGGUGGCAGUUUAUUGAGUUUAUUGCAUAUUUGGACAGAACUUAUUUUUCUGUUUGUGCUACGGUGAUCUUACAUAGUACAGUAACAGAUAAACUGUUGGAAAACGGAUAGAUGAAAUGAUGUGCAUAUGUCAUGCAUGCAUUUCUCUGGUAUACUUCAUCAAUUAGUACUAAUACUGUGUAAGACUGUGUUCUCUCUCCCCUCGAUUUCAGUAUCACAGAGCCCUAUCCUGCCCCUGGCCAGGCCUGCUAACGUAUGCCCUUUCCUGAGGCUUUGGGGCAGUAGAGGUUCUGACAUGCCCGGGUCCAUUAGCUGCUAUUCCUGACACUGUUGAGGUGGGGAAUUAGUAGUUAAAGAGGGCAGCUUUCUCAUCCUGUCACAUUAACUCUUCACUGGGUUAAUCUUUUAUGUUUCUUUUAUGUGGUUUUAAUAUUUCUGGUUCGAGUGAGAAAGAGUGCCUCUCAAAUAAUUUUAAUUUUUCUGCUUAAAUGUUUAAAACAGAGAAAGCUGAUGUUAGAUUUUAACUUUUUUUUGUAAGAGUGAAAUAAAGUGAUUAUUUAAAUAUAAAUAAUUUUGGGAUGUAUGUACAAAGAAAAUACUGAUUUCAGCUAAAUCAUUUUUUCCCAAGCUCUGAAAUAUGUUUCUACUAAUUAUCCAUGUUUCAUGUGGUAAGGUAGCCCAUGUAAGCUAACAGUAACUCUGAUAUGAAAAGGGUGUGAUUGUCUUUCAUGUCUGAAGAAUAACCCUUAUUGGUUUGUGCGACGUCGGAAAAGCAAACAGGAGGCAGACCCCGUAGUGCAGGAGACUGGUAGUUUACUUCUACAACCAGGAACAGCCAAAGCUAAGUCCACAAGCCAAAAUCGUAUGUUGGGUUGGAUGCAGGAAGUCGAAAGCUUGUCUUAGCACUAAUAACUGCUCUGUUGGAUGUAAAGAUCUAACAUGUAACAGUAGUCAAGUCUAAUUGUCUCAAAAAUGAGUAAGGCGUUACUUAAUCCAUCAAAACACUCCUAUUUAAUCAUAAAAUAUAGACUUAGCACUUAAUAGCAGCAUAUUCUACCUUUUUCACAUGGACAGUAUCAUGAUAAUACCCCAUGUUACAUGCUACCUGCAAACACAGGGAGUAGUCUAACAAAUAUCUCACCAGUCAUAUGAUAUUUGACUCUAAAUCAUUAUUACCAAACAAGUUCAACACAAUAUCACAUUUAGCCUAGCACAGAUGUUUGUGCUCAUUAAGGUACAUGACCAGGCUCGUUUGUGAACUGCUCAUCACGUCUUAACUCCUUCAGAUCCUAGUACAUACAGGGUUGCCAACUCUCAUGCAUCUGGUGUGACACUCACACUUUUACAUUCUCACGCUCGCUUGGGGUACUUUCGAAACCCUGCAGACCAUUUGCAAUGUAAAUAAACUGUUACAUACAUAUAAAUGCAUGUGCAUGUGUGUGCAAACUUGUCUCGAAUUCAUCCUACGUGUUACUGAAGGCUAAUUAUCUCUCAUUGAAGAAAUUUUCAAUCAAAUAGCUACUUUCGGUGUGAAUGGAAACUUUUGCUUUACCCGUUGACACCACCUCUCAACUGUUGCCGAACCUCAGAGUUUCUGAACAAAGGGGCCCUGGUUCAGCUACGUAGAAAACAAAAACAACUGCAUCCUUCCUGUAGAAUAGAUGAGUCAGCAAUAUGCUGUACUGGGACUUGGGGCGGGGAGUGGGAGAUGGGCCAAUAUAACAAAGUAUGCCUGUAGAUGGAGUAUAAAAAUUUUUCCCACCCUCACUGAAGAGUAAGGUGUUCAAAGUGUCGUUUUUAUAUUCAAAACAGAAUAAUGAGACUGUAUUGACAAAACUGAUGUGUGAUAAAAUGAGAAACCUGACUCCUGGUGGACAACAGGAGCUAUAGCGAUUCGAAGUCUAGCGCUUUGCCUCCUUUUCAAUAGUGUUAAAAAAGACUUUAAAACUUCUGUGUGAAAUGUGUUUUAA